UAUAUCACGAUCGCGCGUAAGUUCGAAUCUGCAAGUUCUACCGAUUACAGACCGCAUCGACACAAGUACACACAAAUUAUCGCUCAAGAAUUCUCCGAGAUCUGAGGUCGAAUCGAUAUCACGAUGUCUUCAACGUAUUCCUGACACUUCAUACACCAACUGUGGAUAUCUUAAGUUUUGUUUUAGUUUGUGAACAUUGGUAUUUGUGACUGCUUUUCGUCGAGUGUUUUGACAACGUUCGAAGCGUCCGUUCUUGUUUGCUUUACAAUGCGAGUUCAUGCGUGCACAGUGUAUGGACGUGCAUUCAACUGCAGUGCAGAUUGAAGCUGAACGCAAGAUGACAUCUCGAUCCAGCAACAGCGGAAUGGGCGAGAGUAUAGAGGAUUACCAGGUCUUGAACCUCCUUGGCAAAGGGGGCUUUGCCUGCGUCUACAGAGCUAGGGCCAUCAACACUGGUCAAGAAGUAGCCAUCAAAAUGAUUGACAAGAAGAUGAUGCAGGCAGCAGGGAUGGCGGGCAGGGUCAGGAACGAAGUGGAGAUACAGUGCCAACUCAAACAUCCAUCCAUCUUGGAGUUGUACAGUUACUUUGAGGACAACAACUACGUGUACCUAGUGCUGGAGAUGUGCCAUAAUGGAGAGAUGAACCGAUACCUCAAGACGCACAACAAGGUGCUAACGGAGGAAGAAGCACGCCAUUGCCUGAAGGAGAUAGUGAUCGGGAUGCUGUACCUGCACUCCCACGGGAUACUGCAUCGCGACCUGACCCUGGCUAACGUACUGCUCACUAAGGACAUGCACUGUAAAAUUGCAGAUUUUGGGCUGGCGGCAAAGCUGAACAUGCCCAACGAGAAGCACUACACAAUGUGUGGGACGCCCAACUACAUCUCACCUGAGAUAGCGACCCGCAGUGCUCAUGGUCUCAAGUCAGAUGUGUGGUCGCUUGGGUGUAUGCUCUUCACGUUCUUGACUGGCCGGCCGCCAUUUGAUACGGAAGCAGUGAAGAGCACACUGAACAAAGUGGUCCUGGCAGACUACAUCAUGCCUGAGAGUAUAUCUGUUGAAGCCAAGGAUCUGAUCCUGAACCUCCUCAGAAAAAACCCAGACGACAGGCUGAGUCUAUCAGGUGUUCUGGAUCACCCCUUCAUGACAAAGAGUCCUCUCUCCAACCAUGAAGUAGGACAAGACCAGCAGACUGCCAAACAAAGGCACAUAGAGUCGUCAAUGGACAGCGGCCACGCCACCAUGGCAACCCUCUCCACGGCAACGACCUUUCCCAGCCGCCUCUCCUCGCGUAGCCGGCCAAUCAAAGCCCUGCCCCUCCCGAAUCUCACCCCGUUGGUCUCGCAGGAAGAGGAGGGGGUGGGCGGGGCCAAGGUGUUCGGCAAGGGCUCCGGUUUUGAAGGCGGAAGAGGGCACAACGAAGCAAGGUGGACAGGGAACCAGUAUGACCGGCACCCACCAUCACCACCAGUUCGAGACAGGGCAAGCUUCAAGACAAUUUCUGCAUGCGACGACAAAUCGGGGUCCGUUUUAUCCACGUCGUCCAAACAAAAUUCCUGGCUGGACAACUUGGGUGGUCAGAGUUCAGAAGGAAACAGACAUCGGUCAUUGCAGGACACCAGCAAUCACUGUACCCAGUCUACGGACACCAGUGAUAAAUCCACAAGCUUCUUGGCCGGUUUGCACCGUUCCCAGCACGGCAAGCGGCUGGACUCGACAGAAGGGAGAAAUUGGUCCACAGCUCGCGAAGACAACGUCAGGCAUGGAUUCGGUGCACACAACACAAAUGACAAUCACUGGAAUGGCACAUCGGACUCUAGUAGAGAAUUCAGGAGCAACUGGAACAGCGUGGACAAAUCUGACAGAUUUCGUGGGACGAAAACUAGCGAUUUCCCCAUCGGAGGUUCCACUCACGUCGGCAUGCGCAGCAAAGAGCACUCCGCCUCGGAAGAGCAACUGUUUCAGAAGAAGUCUUCCCAAGAUUCAAGACAAUCUAAAGACAGAUAUGGAAACCACGAGAAGGGGUCGGGCAUUUUGCAAACCGAACCAAGCGAGUUCAGGACAGAAGGUCUUGACCAUAGAGCUGCCCAACAGAUCUCGGACAAGAGGUGGGAUUCUUACCAAUCGCAUCACGGCACCGGAGGAAAGACUCACCAAACCAACAGUUCCACUGACCUAUCGGGACACUCGUCGCAGGACGCCGGUCGGUCCCAUCAUGCAAAGCACCGUAGGAAAGAGGACAUCGAUAACGCCAACUUGCAGAAGAGCCGACCCUCGUCGACAGCGGUGUCGUCCGGAGACGGUCGCAGGAGGGAGGGGCACGCCAGCGAGACGAAACAGAGGCACACCCAGAAACAUGAGAAGAGGGAACGGAGCGGUGCCGAUAAUGUCGGCAAGAGUCUGGUUGAGUUGACGGCACCUCUGAACGCACGCAGGCUGAGACCCAUCAGGCAACGAACAAGAAACGCCAUGGUGAGUAUUCUCGAGAGCGGCGAGGUUUGCUUGGAGUUUCUGAAGACCAAGGACGGCAGGGACCGGGUGGUUGAAGUCUGCAGGAUCUCAGAAGAUGGAAUGAAGAUCACCACCUACCACCCAAACGGCGGCAAGGGCUUCCCCGUGACGGACGCCCCACCCUCCCCACCCCAGGACCACACCACCCUCUACACCUACCACGACCUACCGUCAAAGUACUGGAAGAAGUACCAGUACGCGGCCAAGUUCGUCCAGCUGGUGCGGUCCAAGACUCCCAAAGUGACGCUGUACACCAAAGAGGCCAAGUGCAUGCUGAUGGAGAACGCGCCGGGGGCUGAUUUUGAGGCUUGCUUCUACGAAGGUACCAAGUUGCAUCUCUUGGGACAGACCCUCCAAAUUACCGAGUCCUGCGGCAAAGCCACCUCAGUCGACGUGUCCAGUGGAUGCCAGGCAAUCCCCGCUGACGCCCAGGCUAAGGUGGAUCACAUGCAUGCCGUGCACCGGCAGUGCCUGGAGCUAGAGGCGGCCAUUGCUGGGAUGGAGUCAGUCAAAGGCCAUGGGCCGUACUUCCCGAUCAUCAUAUGCAGAAAGCCAACUUCCUCGGAUGCCACCUUAACGGCAAAUAAGACCAUCCAGAAUUCAAAGUCUGGCACCCCCCACCCUGACGCCACCCCUGUGGCACCCGUCACCUCACCCAGUGUGGCACCCCCCGUGUCAGCGUCUGUUUGCUCCUACGAUGGCACCGUCUUCAGCAUGAAGAGUGAGCCGCCGAGGGCCAGCUCGUCAAAACCAAAUCAGGAUUCCAAGUGCGGUACCAAACGGGAAAGGCAUAGCAGUCACCCGAGCCGGCAGAACGUUCUCAAGAGCACCUUUGUCCCCAACGUGGGCUGGGCCUCGCAGAUGUCCAACGGCGAGGUCUGGGUGCAGUACAACGACGGCACGCAGAUCGUCGUCGGGGCCUCGGUGACCUCUGUGAAGUUCAUUGACACGAGAGGGGAGGUCUUGCGGUACGGUCCCACCGACAAACUGCCGGACGGUGUCAAAACGAAACUGGCGCAGCUUUCGACGAUCGUGGAGAUGUUCGUCAACAAAUAGACAUGGGCCGCUUUUUUGUGAAACAGCGACCUCUAAUUCUCCAGCUUUGGCGUUCCACCAAAGCGAACGUGUUUCCGUUCGUAAGCUUUGCCAGACCAGUGAUAUAUGAACUUUACGAACUGAAUACUACUGUAGAAAACUUCAGAAAAUUGAUCAAUCACGCUCACUGAGUGCGUUUGAUUACUUCCCCCAGCUUACUCGCGCCUGGCUCCUCGCGUGAUGACAGACAUGCGCAGUGGAGCUAACUAAACGAAUGGUUUCGGGUAAAGUUUCGUGCAAGCGCUGGAAAGUUGAACUUUGACAUGACACACCUGCAUCCGAAUCAACUGUCUAGAGCUAGGUCUAGGUCCACGCCCAUUGAAAAUAGGCCGGGAGGCUGACAAUAGAGCCGUAGCUCUGGAAGCCCGUUUCUGACACGGCCUGAAGCGCCCGCCGGAUGUCACGCUGGCAGCCAUGUUUAUUGCAUGGCCUUGGGAUACUUAUACCCAAGUAACCGGCUUGGAGAGUCGGUUACUUGGGCCAGGCUCGAGUAAGCGCGAGAAGUCACGUGAGAGGUAAAUUGAACGCUGUCUCGCUUGCAAGAGUAAGCGCGGGGGAAGUAAUCGAACGCACUCGACGUGUGCGUCGGCCAUUUUGGAAAACAUUGAGAACAACAUUCACUUGUAUUUUUGGGUAGAAAGAAUUCGAUCAACACAAAUUUUGGAGGAAAAUUUCUUUUUUUCUCACGACAUGAUUUUUCAAGAACUUUGCAACUAGUUCGGGAUCUCAAAAUGCUGUUUGUAUAUCUUGUGCAUGAACUGAAAUCCACUGCUUAAUUCAUGACAAUAAUGGUAUUUACAGAAUUUAUAUAAAUUGUUGCAUUUUGCAUCGUGUGCAUUGGAUUUAGUUCUUUUUCUUUUUUUUAAGAAUUGGGAGAUUUUAUCUGUAAAUUACAAUUGUUUAUAUUUCAAUAGUGUGUGUAAUAAAAUGUGAAUACUGUACAAUCAAA